AUGAGCGGAGUCAACAUCUCCAAGCGCAGAAAGUUCGUCGCCGACGGUGUCUUCUACGCCGAGCUCAACGAGUUCUUCCAGCGCGAGCUUGCUGAGGAAGGUUACUCCGGCGUCGAGGUCCGCGUUACCCCAACCGUCACGGACAUCAUCAUCCGCGCAACACACACCCAGGAGGUUCUCGGAGAGCAGGGUCGCCGCAUUCGUGAGCUCACCAGCUUGAUCACCCACCGCUUCAAGUUUCCCGCAGACAGCGUCUCUCUUUACGCCGCCAAGGUCCAGUCUCGUGGUCUUUCUGCUGUCGCUCAGUGCGAGUCUCUCCGCUACAAGCUCCUGAACGGUCUUGCCGUUCGCCGUGCGUGCUACGGUGUCCUCCGUUUCAUCAUGGAGUCCGGCGCCAAGGGAUGCGAGGUUGUCGUCUCCGGAAAGCUGCGCGCCGCUCGUGCAAAGUCAAUGAAGUUCACCGACGGAUUCAUGAUCCACUCCGGUCAACCCGCCAAGGACUUCAUCGACCACGCCACUCGCCACGUUCUCCUCCGACAAGGUGUGCUCGGAAUCAAGGUCAAGAUCAUGCGCGCCUCGUCGACUCCCGGCGACCCAGCUGGCGAGAAGUCCGGCGGUAAGGGCCUGCCCGACUCUGUCACCAUCAUCGAGCCAAAGGAGGAGCAGCCAAUCCUCGCACCAAGCUCGCAGGACUACGGCGCCAAGGCCGCUCAAGCGCAGGCAUACGCGCAGCAACAGCAGGCUGCUCAAGAGGAGGGAGCACCGGCUGAGGAUGCGGCGCCAGCUCAAGAGUACUAG